GGCCCAAAUAGGGGAACCCAACCCAAUAAAUUGUCACUAAAGUAGUUUGCUCCAGUAAAAAGUCCUUUCAACGAACUUCGCCGGAAUUUCCAGCCGGCGGCAAUACUCCGACGAGUUCCAUAUAAUGGCAGAAGACGACGAUGCAUUUUCCGAUCUAGAUUCCGGCGAUUCAAUUCCUUUAUUCUUCGAUAAAAAUCGCCAUAUUUGCUAUUUAGAGAUGAUGCUUGAGCUAUUACCUUCACCUUAUCAAUCACAAGAGAUCAAUCGACUUACUCUCGCUUACUUCGCUAUAUGCAGUCUCGAUAUCCUUCGCUCUCUCGAUCGCGUUGACAAAGAAGGGGUGAUCAAUUGGGUUUUAUCACUGCAAGCUCAUCCACAAGACGAAGCUGAACUGAGCAAUGGACAAUUUUAUGGAUUCCAUGGUUCUAGAAGUUCUCAGUUUCGACAAAAUGACCAUGGGGAUGCAAUUCCCAAUGGUAGUCACUUGGCGAGUACUUACUGCGCCUUAUCAAUUUUGAAGACUCUUGGUUAUGACCUUUCACUGUUGGAUUCCAUUACAAUAAUCAAAUCAAUGAGAAAUCUUCAGCAACAAGAUGGGAGCUUUAUGCCCAUCCAUAGCGGGGCAGAGACAGACCUCCGCUUUGUAUAUUGUGCAGCGGCAAUCUCUUCCAUGUUGGAAAACUGGAGUGGCAUUGACAAAGACAAAGCCAAAGAGUACAUUAUAAACUGUCAGUCAUACGAUGGUGGCUUUGGUUUAACUUCUGGAUCUGAAUCACAUGGUGGUGCCACUUUUUGUGCGGUUGCAUCUCUCAGAUUGAUGGGAUUAAUUGAAGAUGAUAUAUUGUCGAAGAACGCAUCCUCUUGUUUAAUAAACGUGCCCUUGCUCCUAGACUGGAGCCUACAGAGACAGGCAGACACUGAUGGUGGUUUCCAAGGUAGACUAAACAAACCUACGGACACUUGUUAUGCUUUUUGGGUUGGAGGAGUUCUAAAGAUCUUGGGAGCUCACAAGUUCAUCGACUAUGAAGGCUUACGUAAAUUUCUCUUCACCUGUCAAUCCCAGUAUGGUGGUUUUGGUAAAACUCCGGAGCAGCUGCCGGAUCUUUAUCACGCCUACUAUGGAUUUUGUGCAUUUAGCAUGUUAGAGGAACCCGGACUCAAUUCAAUCUGCACUGAACUGGGUAUAACAAAUAGUGCCCACCCUAAACUUUGAUCCAGCUUCCAUUUGGACCUGUGUAGCUGGUAUGAAUCGCGCCUCGCGCUCUCGGGUAUAAUUUAAGUUGUCUGGACAUAGAAGUGUUGGUAAAUCGCGUCUCGUGCUCUCGGGUAUAAUUUAAGUUGUCUGGACAUAGAAGUGUUGAUACUUUUUACCUACUUCUUUUCAUCUUUUUUGUGCACUAUGAAACUACAGCAUAUUUGAAUGUUCAUUACCUUUGAAAGGGAUUGCCUAGUUCUUUUA